GUACAGUAAUUCACUCUCGUGAGUGCUGGGAUUAGCACUGUCUUUUCCUUUUCAGCCAGUGGAAGAAGAGUCCUGAGCACGUCUGGACUAACACAAGGGGAACACAGUCGUGUAUCUUGAAACUCGGCACAGCCAUGCCUUCCACUGAGAAGAUAAUAUACUUUCUGUGCAGUGCGUUCUUCAGCACUGGCGGUGUGGCUAUUCUAGGCUAUGGGUUGUCGACCGACUGGGCCCACACCACCAUGUCCUGCGCUCCUUUGGGCAGCUCCAACUUCAACGGCUCUUCUACCAUCCAGAUGGGCCUGUUCAAUGGCAGUGAGGAGAAGGUAUCAUGUCCCUGGUUUAGUUCUGAAGAAGCUGUCAAAGUUUUUGUAAGGUUGGAGAAGAUAGGUGGCGCUGCAAUUGCCCUACAAGGCCUGGUUGUUGGUCUCUUAGUGUUAGCUCUGGUGGGCUCUGCGGGCAGCAUCCUGAUCACUCUCUACAACUCUAUCAGUAACCCAUAUGAAACCUACAUGGGCCCAAUUGGACUGUUUGUCUGCAGUGGAAUAAGCGCCUCGUUUGCAUUCCUGGCUCUGGUGCUGUACUUGAUUAACGUGUUCGUGGUAAAGAUCGGACAAAGGAUGGCUACACUGAGCUCAGACGCAACCCUGCAGGAUGAAGACACACACCUCCUGCUCGGCUUUUACCUUCUGCUGCCCUACAUCGGUGUCAACCUGCUGGCCAUCCUGCUGGUCUAUCUGUACCAGCAUGCGGCCUACACACAGCGCAAAGAGAAGGAAAAGCCCACAGAGGACGCUCCAAAAGAUAUUAUGAUGUUUUAACAGCUAAGGCUCACAUCCAAAAAGACUGAGGUAGCUGUGAUGGGUGAGAUACACAUAUGCUAGAGAGCUCUAGUGUGUGUUGAUAAUUAGUGGAGACAUCUGGAGAACACCUGCACCUUGCACACACUUAUUACAUGGACUUUAUACUUUACAGCACUUCAUAUGUAGGGUGAAAAAUGGCACAGAAUGCUUUUUAGUAUAGCUUUCUUCUUGCAGUAAAGAUACAGUCAGAGUAUUUUAAAGUACAUCAUGUAUGACCUGACGAGUCUUUUGUUUUACAUGUAAUUAGAUGUUGUUCUGAGGCCUGAUCAUUGGCUGUAACAAAUGCUAUCCAGUGUGCUAAGAAGCUGCAUCAAGUUCACAAUGUCAACAUAUCACAAGCCUUGAGCAAAAAUACUCUUAAGAUGUACUACUAGUAGUUUUGUUUUUGUUUGUUUUUUUUUGGCUGCAAAUAUAACAAUAUUAUACUUUAGAGCACAUAAUGUAAAAGUGUAUUAUGCCAUACAGUUUUACAAGGCAAUCACUUUAUAUAUUGGGUAUCUGUGUAGAACUUUUUCUGUGCUCAUAUAAGUGUACAUAUUCAUCCCUCCUCAUACUUAUUAAUACACAUUUCUCAUGUAAAUACAAGCAUAAUUAUAGUGCACUUGGGUGUUGUAAACUGAUCAGUAGUAGAAGAGAUAAUACGUUGAUGUAUAAUGUGUGAUCUCAUAUUUAUUAACCUACCAGUUGUUUGUCAGCUCAGAAAUGAUCUACUCCAAACAUGUAGAAAAUAGUUUCCACCAUAAAACUUCCAGGCCGAACUGAGUUUUGAAAUGAUUGAGGUUUGAAUAGUUUGAACUGCAUUUUUUUCUGUCACUAGGUGGCAGAAGUGUCUUUUGUUUUUAAGACUGCUUUCUACUGCACCCUGGUUAGUCUACACUAUGCAGCAUGUGGGGGCAGUGUAGACAUACACACAAACAUACAUAUAUAGAAAUAAACAGGAGUUACCUCAUUUAAUCCCACCGGUCACAAGUGCGAUCACGUUUGUAAAGUCCUAAAAUAAUUGUUAACAUGUUUUCUACUGAACAGUAAAUUAUAAAUUCAAUUACAAAGUUGUAUUGCUUUCAACAUUUGGUCAACAUAAUUGAUCAUGUGACGUCAAGUAUGACUGAGAAAGAAGAAGUCUUUCUUUCAGGCUCUGCAAAAAGAAGAGCCAUAUGUUAUGACUAAGAUAUAGCUACCACAUUUGGUGCAUAUAAUAUUUAAAGGGUCUGUUACUGAUAUUCAAAUAAGGCUACGUUGGCGCAUUAAUAACACUUCCACAGGAGAGAAAUAUUUGGCUGAACUGCUUCUUUAACCCCUUAAUAUUCCAGGCUUAUUACAUACUAAGGCUUAUUAUUCAUUAAUUACAGGGACUAAUGGAGCUUUCUUAGGUUAUAGAAGUAUGCAAUAAAACCUCAGACCCACCAGGAGGCCCACAUCUUGGUAAGGGGUUAACUACGCUGUGGUUUGUAGUUUAUCAUAGCUAAGAGCUACUUUUUUUUAUUACUUUAUUUAAAGUAAAAUGUGUGUGAAGUUCAGCUGAAAGACAGAUGGUUAAGGUGCUGUUCUCAGAUGUUUGUCAGUGACAAGCAUGAAGUGAAAUUUAAGGGGCAGUCAU